UUGGUAUAUAUUCCAAGAUGGCGGAAUGUGCGGAGGAGAAGAGAACAAAAAGCAAGAGAAAAAUCUUUAAGCGUAUAUUUAAAAGUAUUAAUGCAUAAAUCUAUGUAUUUGCUAAUGCCCAACACAUAUUAAAGGGCAAACUAAUCAAUAUCCAAGAAACUCGAGCACGGAUGCCACGUUGUGCGUCUUCCUCUCAAAGUAGAGCCCACAAAAAGACAGCCAAAAAAUCGAAAUCUCGCAUACACGGAAGGCCGAGUAUUACUGCCAAGCAUUAAAAGAAGCAGAAAGGCGACCAAGAAGAUUAGUCCUGUAAAUUGCUUGCGGUACUGUAAGAAGUGUUUCGGGCGAUUCGAGAUAGAUAUUCGCGGGUCAGACAAAUCCGGCAGUUUUCCCAACGUCCUGGGGGCACCGAAAUUUGACCGCCUCUGCAAGAGGCAACAGCGAUAUUGGACUUAUAUUUCCGACACUCCGCAAGAUUUGUGUGUGCCCACGUCAACGCUUGCAGUGUCACCAUCUCGGCACCUAGCAGUCACUUCAAAACACCGACAAGCUUUCUGCCGGGGUGCAGCAGACUAUGUCUGACUUUUUGCAUCACCAAAAACCACAAGAGCACACAUAGCCAUGGCAGCGACGAGAAAACUACAAGGCGAAAUAGAUCGAUGUUUAAAAAAGGUAGCCGAGGGCGUUGAAACAUUUGAGGAUAUUUGGAAAAAAGUGCAUAAUGCGACAAACACCAACCAAAAGCAAAAACAUCUGCAGGAGAAGUAUGAGGCAGAUCUCAAAAAAGAAAUUAAAAAGCUGCAGCGAUUACGCGACCAGAUCAAAUCAUGGAUUGCAUCGGCCGAAAUUAAGGAUAAAAGCGCACUGCUGGAGAAUCGAAGGCUUAUUGAAACCCAAAUGGAACGCUUUAAGGUGGUCGAGCGCGAGACAAAAACAAAAGCUUACUCGAAGGAAGGUUUGGGCGCUGCACAAAAAAUGGAUCCUGCCCAGCGAAUCAAAGAUGAUGCCCGCAAUUGGUUAACCAGCUCAAUAAGUUCACUUCAAAUCCAGAUUGACCAGUAUGAGAGUGAGAUCGAAUCUCUGCUGGCAGGUAAAAAGAAACGAUUGGAUCGAGACAAACAAGAGCGAAUGGAUGACCUACGAGGGAAGCUGGACCGUCAUAAAUUCCAUAUAACAAAACUAGAAACCCUGCUUAGGCUGCUCGAUAACGACGGAGUCGAAGCAGAGCAGGUUAACAAGAUCAAAGACGAUGUCGAAUACUACAUUGAUUCAUCGCAAGAGCCAGACUUUGAAGAAAAUGAGUUCAUCUACGACGACAUCAUUGGACUCGACGAAGUGGAGCUUAGCGGCACGGCAACGACGGACAGUAAUAACAGCAACGAGACUAGCGGGUCCCCAAGCAGCGUCACCUCUGGUGGCAGUCCGUCACAGUCGCCCGUCACUGUUCAACAGAUUUUAAACACCUCGACGCAAGCGGUGGUAAGUAGCGGCAGCAGUGCAGCCAGCGCUACACUGUUCCAGCAGCAGCAGUCAGCGACCCAGUCAAAUGGCAACAACGUAGGAUAUGCGAGCGACACAAGCGCAGCUUCAUCAUCGGCCACCACAUCUACAGAUCCGGCGGGCAGCACAGCUGCAAUGAAUUGCGGUGGAAUAGGUGUUGGUGAUAAACGCAACAAGAGCAGCGAAAGCAAUGCCAUCAGCAAAUUAAAAUCACAGCCUCAGCAGCUUGUUAAGCCCACACCGCUGCGACCGACGGCCAAGCUGCCUUCGAGUAGUGAUACUCCAGUCAAUAAGAUUGUCAACUCAACUCCCAGUAAAAAUCAGCAGCAGCUACCCUCGGCGGCUUCAAUCGUUGCGGCCUCCAGCUUGUCGCAAAACAGUAGCAGUGGAAACGGAAGUGUCAACUCGGCAGCGGGAACGGGAGCGGCUCAAUUACCAUCUAGCAGUCACAAUCCUGCGUUACAGCCUCACGCUCCAACGCCUGGCCUCAGCGCCGUCACAGCAGCUGUAUUGAAUGCCGCUCCCUCAACGAUUGCGAGCAUCGUCAACGUUCAAGGCUCAUCUGUGAUCCAAACAACACCAACAAUUGCUUUCGCUGCAGUGGCAAAACACAAUUCAUCACUCCUGGAAAAUGGUCCUAUAUUGCCGCAACAACAAGCAAUAGCUCCUACGGUGGCAGCUAUUGUAGGAACAGGAGCCCAGCCACAGCAACUACAGGGGGCACAAUUAUCCAAUCUUCAAACGAAUUCCUCACACUUGCAAAAUGGGCUGCCUGUCUCGGAACAUACUAGUGACAACAGCAGCAGUUUCGUCGAUACGAUUUCUCUAAAAACUAUGGCACAGGAAGCCAUUGAUCGAUCCGCGAUCGAUACUAAUUCACUAAAUAAGCAGCAAACAAGCAACGUUGACACAAGACAGCAGCAGACGCAGCAAUCACUCCUCCAACAGAGUUUCAGCUCAGAAAACACUGCCAAUCAACAGCAGCAGCAAGUGGCAUCACAGCAUCAACAACAACAGCUCCAAACUACCACGGUUGCCGCGGCUGCGAUCGGUUCAAUUACGACAGCGGCACAUGCCGCUGCAACCAGUAAUGGUCCUACAACUGGCAGUGGGCUUAUGAAUCUUGCAAAUGCUGCAGGUCAGCCAAACAGCGCCAAUGCCAAAGUGCAUUCGUGCCAACACCAGCAGAUGGCCACUACGGAAGCGCACAUUCCCACGUUGCUUGGAGUAACUCCAUUAGGGCCAACGCCACUCCAGAAGGAGCAUCAAAUUCAGUUUCAGAUGAUGGAAGCUGCCUAUUAUCACCUGCCACAGCCUAUGGACACGGAGAAGCUACAAACGUACUUUCAUCGCGCGCCAGUUCCCACGCCGGCGCAUUAUCCACAGGCACAGCUGCCAAUAUAUGAUACAGUUGAAUUCUAUCAACGACUCUCAACGGAGACGCUGUUUUUUGUAUUCUAUUACAUGGAGGGAACCAAAGCCCAAUAUCUUGCAGCUAAGGCCUUAAAAAAGCAGAGCUGGCGUUUUCACACCAAGUACAUGAUGUGGUUUCAAAGACACGAGGAACCCAAAAUUAUCAACGAUGAUUACGAACAGGGUACGUACAUCUAUUUUGACUACGAAAAGUGGAGUCAACGAAAGAAGGAGGGAUUCACCUUUGAAUACAAGUACUUAGAGGACAAGGAGCUGAAUUGAAAAUGUUGCAAUGUGUGUUGCUUCGUCUGUCUAAUAGAAAGUCAAUCCAUUGAAACAAUAAAAUAAAUCAAUACCAUUUUCAUACAAAAUCACAAAUCCACAAUCAAACACAUGAACCUAAAAACAACAAGCAAGAGAGAGAUCAUCUAAGUUAAAAUAUAAACAAAUAGGAGAGCGAACCAGACGUAAGAAAAAGUGAAAAAAAAGUAUAAUACUUAAUCGGAAUGCGUGCUUUUUUUUUUAAAUAUUUGUUGUUUACAACUACUCUUAGUUUGUACAUUCUUUCACAAUUAAUGAGGAUGUUAAUGACGUGAGAUUCAUACAAAAGUCUCAUACAUUUCGCUAAGCUCUCCUUUUUAUUAAAGCUAUACAUAUUUUAAAAUUGUUUACUGAUUCUCCUAAACUCCCAAUUCGCAUAUUGUAAAAAAAAACAGCCGAGUGCAGCUCACUUUAAAUUAAAUAUAACAUAAUUUGUCUCCGAUUUAUGCGAUUUGUAUGUGUUUAGAAUGAAAAGAAACCAUAUUCAGCUGAUCUUGUUUAAAUUUAAUAAUGUAAUUACGGUUACUAAGAUCUUUGAUUAAGAUAAGCAUGAUAUGCUAAAAUGCAAACAUACAAAAAAUUAUGCAUAAAUAAAACUUUUUUAAAUAUAAGAAAACAGAAAUAAAAUCAUGAGUAAAAUGAAA